AUGAAUCAACCUGCGCCCACGGCCUCCGCGAAUGCUGCUGCUGCUCCUCAGCCCAAGCCCAUUCGCUUUGUCAACAACCAUGACGGGCCCUACGCGAAACGCCGCCGCAUUAACAGCGCAUGCUUGACGUGCAGGCGCAAGAAGACGCGCUGUUCGGGCGAACGGCCCGUGUGCUCGACAUGUGUGAACAACAAGCACGAAUGCGCCGGCUAUGGCGAAGACAGCAACGCCGCCAACGAUGCAAAAGAGAAAGAAAGCAAAAAGGCCGCGCGGAGGGAGAGCAAUGCAUCACCGCGCAAAGUUGAACAGCCAAUUGACCCGCAGCUCACGCGCCCACCACUGCAGCAAGCCAUGUCCACCGUCUCACAACGCUCCGACUCGACGAGCAGCCAAAUACUGAAGCGCGAGGACGAUGGCACCAACGGCGCCCUCAGCCUCAGCACGCGGAACAGGAUGCCGUACUUCCGCUACUUUGGGCCGACCGCUAUCAUGCCUGGCUUCAAGCAGAUGGUAGUCAAAGUCCGCGGGAAGCAGCAUGGCAGCGGCCAGACAGCUUCAGAUCUAUACGAUGCCUCGUCCAUGUCUCCAAGCCCUCUUAUCACCCAUCUCUGCAAGCUCUUUUUCGUCCAUCUUGGCUGCUCUUUUCCCUUCCUCCAGCGCGAGCGCUUCAUGCGCGACCUGGAAGAGAAGCAGGUCGAUGCGAUUCUAGUAGACGCAGUUUGCGCACUUGCAGCUCGUUUCUCUACACACCCAAUGUUGACAGGCAAUGGAGAAAAUCAGAAACCCAUCGAUAUUGAAAAUUCCCGAAUACAGCCUCCUGAAUAUGGCCAAGCAUUUGCCCAACGUGCGAAGUCGGCCAUUCCAGAUGCCUUCCCAUGUCCAAGCGUUGCCGUUGUCCAAGCCGCGUUGCUUCUAGCGUACGACGAGUUUGGUGCCAGUCGAGACAGUGGCUUGUGGAUGUACUUGGGUAUCGCAAUACGCAUGGCCCAAGAUCUAGGCAUGCAAACUCUGCAAGGCUUAAAGUAUGAAGGCUUAAACGGACCCAAUCCGAAAUCUGUCAAACCGGAUGCCGAAAAGCAGAAGGCACCUCCGUCUCGCGGCUCUUCUUCACGGCGUGAGCAGGGUAGUGAUACCGAGGAGCAGGAGCAGAGAGCUGCAGAACGCGAACGACUGGACACGUUCUGGUCCGUCUUUUUCCUUGAUCGAGUCAUCUCAUCUGGCACUGGACGGCCUGUCACCCUGCGCGAUCGAGACAUCGAGAUAUCUUUCCCGUCUAUGGACGAGCUCGAUCCCGCAUCGGGAUGGCCAUUACCGUUCCCUGCCUUGAUUCGUAUUAUUCACUUGUACGGCCGGGUGACGGAUCUCAUCAACAGGAUUCGAGAUGCCACUGAUAUUUCUGAUGAUCUGCAAACACAGCUCGCAUCGCUGGAAGAUCGCCUCACACUGAUCUAUCAAAAUCUCUCACCAAGGCUCCACUUCAAUGCCGUCAACUUCCAGCAAUACGUCAAGUACAACCAGGGGACCAAUUUCCUCCUCUUGCAUUGCUGGUUCCAUGUGCUCAUCGUUUUGCUGCAUCAGCCAACACUCCUGAAGUCGUUUGAGGGCUCACCGCAGUCUCUCUCGACGAACAGUAGGGAACUUUCCAUGUCAUCAGCCAAAACAAUUGCCGAUAUUCUUGCAUUUACAGAGCUCAUCGAUGCCAAGACGGGUAUGGGCAACCCAUUCACCAGUCAACCAAUAUACAUUGCGGCGUGCGCUUUUCUAAACGAGACGGCCAUCCAUUCGGCUUCAUCGCAACCACAUUCGCGGCCAUCAACCCCGGGCUCGAAAGGAGACGAAGCAAAGGAGCCUGCGAACGGCCGUGCUAUGGACCGCGAGCAGAAGCAGGCUGCCAAGCAUACGCUGCUCGCAUCAGCCGCAAAUCAGAACUACCAACGUUGCUACCGCGCAUUGAAAGCACUCGAGACGUACUGGGCAGGUGUGAAGUACAUAAUGACUGUGUUGGACCAAAAGGCUAAGGGCGUGACGGACCCAAUCUUGUACACACGAGAGGAGAUGGAAAGCGCCUUGGAAGCGCCUCGGCCGGAGCCUUCAUUCACGAGCCCUGGCUGGCGGAGAAAGCUUAGCUGGGGAACAUAUCUGACAGCUCAAAGUCCCAACGAUGACGUGGCCAAGAUCUUCAGAAAAGCCGCCGCCCCCAGCAAGCUCACAGCCAUCAAUUGCUUCGCUCAUUUCGGAACCCCCGACCAAGUUUGA